UUGAAUUAGAAGAAGAAGCCGUUGCCAAGGCGAAAUGGGGAAGCGGCGAGGCAACACGUGUCGUCUGCAGCAGGAGUCAGGAUCAUGGCGCACGUGGAUCGCAAAGGUAAACACAAAAAGAAAAACAACUUUUUACGACAAGCUAAACGUCAUGGGAAGAAAGGCAGCUAUGGCAAAGGAAGAAGACUUUCGGAAGAAGAGUAUAGUUAUUACAUGAAAGUGUUUGAACAACUUAAACAUCUCAAAGGCGAGGAGAAAGAAAUACUUAUAAGAAAUUUUAUCCGUGAGUUAGAGCAAGGUGGUCAGCAGCGCAGUCUGGCAAGCAAUCAGAUUGUUUCUCGCAUCCUUGAUGAUGCACUUCCACAUGCUGACCUUGUGCAAGUCUUGGCAAUGAAUAAUAUCUUUGCUGAGGAUUUGCGAGCCAUGUGUGUGGAUCCCUAUGCUUCUCAUGUUCUGCAGACUUUACUCACACUUGCAUUAAAGUAUGCUCAGAAAGGAGCAGUGCAGAAGCGCCAUGAAGAAAAUGAAGAAGGAAAUGAGGAAAAAGAAUUACUGAUUCAUGUGUCAGCUGACCAAAGACAAGAAUUCUCUACCUUUCUUGACAAGGUCGGAAGAUUUAUCUAUAAUAACUUGGAAGAUUUUGUGAGCCACACUUAUGCCAGUCAUGUAGUGAGAUCAGUGCUGGAAGUCUGCUCAGGUGUUGAAGUUCAGCAUUCUGUAAGGAGUAGCCAACGUUCACAGACUAGCCAUGCACUCUGCAAAGAAGACAAGAUCUUGGCUGUUCCACCCACAGUCAAGCAAGUCUUGUUGAAUAUUGCUGUAAGAUUUACAAGACUGCCAGAUCUCAUAGAAAUAAUGAGCACAGAGUGUGGAUCAGCAGUUCUUCAGUCUCUGUUAUCUGUAUUGAAACAUGGGGAUCCAGAUCAGUGUGCAGCUGUUGUGACUCAUCUCAUACAGCAUGGACUUCCAGGAAUAGAAAACUGGUAUAUAGAGAACCCUGAUGAUGCUGAAACGCCUGAUCUGCCUCCACUGUUCCAGGAUGGUCCUACCACACGCCUGCUGGAGGUCAUGUUGACAUGUUGUAGCAGUGAACAGCAGAAAAAUAUUUUCCAGCGGUACUUUAAAGGUAAAAUAAAGAUUCUUGUUCAACACCGAAUGGGAAAUUUUGCUGUCCAGCGUCUCCUUUCAUCAUGGAUUGAUAAAGAAACAUUUGAAGAAGUGUUUGAAGAGAUGAGUGAAACAUUGGUAUCAGCACUGAGUUCCCAGCACCAAGGUGUAAUCCAUGCCCUUGCCUCAGCUUGCCAAAGACUCAACACCAGACAGGCCUCAUGCAUGAAGUCCUUGAUUGAUCUCCUAGAAUGCAGUGAACCAGGCAAGCCACAAGAAAUAUUUGCUUUGCUUGUGCUUCGUAUGUUGCCUUUCCCAGAGUAUCGGGCCAAGCAGGAUGAAGGCACUCUUCCUUCUGUCUCCCUCCAAGGUGCUCUUACUCUGCAGGAACUCCUAAAUUUCAGCAAACCCAUUAAGGUGGUGAAUAGUCUGUUGGUAAUAAAUCCCGAGGAGCUGCAAUCAAUGGGAUGUGAUCCGCGGGGCUCACAUGUGGUGGAUGCUUUUGUCAACAGCUCCAGUGUCAGUGCCAAGAACAAAGAAAAACUUGUUUAUAGAUUCAAGGGAUACUACACUGCCAUGGCCUGUUCCAAGCAUGGGUCACGGGUGUUAGAGGCUUUAUGGAAGGUGGCCAGCAUGAAGGCCAAGACUCAAGUUUGCAAUGAAUUAAUAGCAGAUGAACUCAAGCUUAAAGAUAAUCUUUUUGGCAGAAUUAUUUUCAAAAAUUUCCAGCUUAACAUGUUUAAGAGAGGAGACAAGUCAGACUGGCAGCAAGUAAUAGAUCAAACAGAGAAGAAAAGAAAAAUGUUUGUUGACUUGCUCAAUGAAGAUAAAGGGGAGUUAAAAGAAAAGAAGCACAAAAAGAAAAGGAAAGUGGAUACUGUUGAAGAUAGUAUAUUUAUAGAUACAUCAGGUGCCGACAUUUAGUUUACUCUGUGCUGAUGCUUCCUUAUAAUGAGGUACAAUCUCACCAUUACUCCACUUGACAUAUUAUCACCUGGAGCUGUGGGACACGACAGUUAACAUCAUUCCUGCUCUGAAUCUUCCUGUAGACUUGUGCUGCUCACUUCCUCACAGAGUAAGGUGUCUUUUUUUUCAUAUUAAAGGAUUGCCUUUUU